ACCCCAACGACACUGACCAAGAAAAACGGUUGGAAGAUCGAUGAUUAUUACGAAAAUGGAUAUCUGUACUUACUUGGUUGUGCCUGACUUACAAUCGAUUGAUAGGCGAUCGACUGUGUGACCUUAGAGAUUCACAAAAUCCGACGGAAAUAAUAUGGCUUAAUGGCGUGUUGAAUUCACAGGUAAAAGUCUUUCACAAAGUUUUAACAAGCUCAAAAGACUACUACAAAUUGUGCGCGUGCCUGAUAUAUGGUUUAAUGAAAAGCGAUAUUUGAUUUUUGUCAUUUUGAGCUACUUUACUGCUUCGAAUGGGUAAACAUGGUGAAGGAUGCGUUGCAUUUCAAACGUAAACAUCCCCUCUGCCUGAGGAAUUGCUCCUUCGCCCGGAUCCUCGGUUCGCCAUUCGUCAGACUCAUUGCUUUUUUUCUUGCGAUAUAUAACGUAACUGGUCGGGAUUCCCAUUUUGUUUUCAUUUAGCGAUCUGUCUUGAUGGUGUGGGGCCGUUGCAUGCGAGCCAGGACCGAAGUUAUCCAGGGUACCUGCACACUCAGAGCAAUUCUGCGGUCUGCGGGUCACCGGCUGCGAGAUGGGCCUCGUGUACUGCGUCUUCUGCGCGAUUGGGAAGAGUAUAGACAUUUUAUGCUUCUUGCUGGAUUUGAACUUCUGGAUGGUCCACUCGCUCAUCCGGCUGCUGGUCACUGUUCUGUCUUUUGUGAAGGACUUGCCAACAGUGCUGAGAGGCACACUUUCGGAGUGCUGGAGCACGGCCCUCCUGUGUGGUCUCAGCAUGGUUGACGGGCUGUCGCAGGGCAUCAGGAUGGCAGGACACUUUCUGGAGCACACUGUGCUGCGGGCGAAAGAGCUGUUGCAGCGAGCUGCGCUCUCCGGCCACUCAGCACUGCAGCAGGUUUGUGAGGCCUGCGGAAUUGUGCAUAGUCUACUUCUCUAUGUGCUCAACAGCACCUCCACUGGGUUGACGUUAGGGGUACAGAGUGUCUGCUCCGCAGCUGUGGGCCUGUGGGAUGUGGCAGGGGGAGCCCUGCUUCGAGCAGUUGAACUGACCGUGGCACUGCCAGCUGUGAUUUGGAGCGGUCUGGCCGGUGCGGCUGCCCUGCUAUGGACACUCUGUUGCUUUGCACUGGAGUUCCUGGGUUCACUGAGCCGUGUCUUCGUCAGUGUCUUCCUGCUGGAUCUCUGCGGCCUGGUGCUCGCCGUAAUUGUGGUGGCUGCCGCAGUUCUCUACCUGAGCCCCAGCCUCGCUCGCCGCAUUCUGUGGAAUGCUGGUGUCUCCCCCAUCACGGGGCGCUUGCGAGGGGGGCUGCGGCACUUGCGUAUGCUGGCGCUGGAGAGCACACAGGUGGUCAUGGAGUUGCAGACGCGUCUUCGUGCAGCAUGGGGUGGGAGCUAUGUGCAGAGGAGGGGGACACGGAGCCUUGACGCUUCUCACCGUCAGUUGACAGCCAGCGAUAGAACCCCAGGUGGCCUGGCGACACAGCGCAGCUCCACAUUGGGCAUGGCUGUCCCAUGCUCCAGCAUGGAGGGGCCCCUGCAAAGACUCUCAGAAGAGGACCCCCCUGCUGACAGCCUGCUGGGCCUCCUGAAGGAGCAGGAGGAGAGGAAGCGCUGCGUCAUCUGCCAGGACAGCGCCAAGAGUGUGCUGCUCCUGCCUUGCCGUCACCUGUGUCUUUGCCGCGGCUGCACUCAGCUGCUACUGCGCCUUCCUGUUUACCAGCACAACUGCCCCCUGUGCCGCCACAUGAUCCUGCAGACCAUGGAUGUCUAUCUCUGAAGAGGACGACUUCCACAGACACGAGGCUCGGUCGUACAGCUGCUUUCUCUUAUAGGCCCUGUUGGCUUCUUGUUCCACGAUCUCACUGGACAUUCCGCUCCCCUCUUUUGUGGCUCUGUUUGUGCGUGAGAUGGAUGCUGGUGUUCUGUGCAGUCAAGUGGUCCUACAGGGUGAGGUUGUCUGUCUUUUUUUUAAUACUCUCUUGCAAGUUGCAAUAAAAGCACUGAAAAAAAUCCAGCUGUUUUUGCAUAAGACAGCAAUGUCACAAAAUUGUUUGCAGUCUGUGAUUUACCACAGGAACAACAGGAAUUGUUUAUACCUGGUUUGGAGUCUGGAUCCCCUUUCAGUAGUAUUAAGUGAAAAGUUUUUUACAUCAAUGUGGCUGUCUAAGAAUUGUUUGAUACUUUAAAAUUGUCUUAAUGUUUGUGAUAUUUGUUGAAAGCAGGUGCAAUGCAGGUAUUUUUUUAUUAGAAUAAAUAAACAAAUUUCUAAUAUUGUUGAUGGAAGUACUUUAUUCCCAAAUCAUUUUUCAUAUCUCCUGGGAACACCAGCUUUACAUGGAAUGAAAAUGUAAAAUUCACAAAGUAUAUAUAUGCUGAUCAUUCAUUCAGUUUUGACUGAUUUGUACACUUUGUCUUAGACCACUGUUAUAAUUUGUUUUAUAAUAAAGGGUUAUAUCCAU